AUGCAGCGUGUCCGUCAGGAGGAGUUGGCCCAGGGCAAAAAGAGGUCGACUGGGCGCCACCGUUCCAAUGAUGGUAGCAAGCAAAAGCCGCGAAGCGAGUCCGCCCACUCUGAACCGUCCUUAAGCAACGAAUCCGUCGAGAAUAAUGCCAGUAGCCCAAUCAUCGUUGCUGGGAGCGAUACAUUUCGGCCGACCAGCUCUCCCCUUCCAUCUCCACGUCUCAGUAUAACCCCAGCUGCGCAGGCAUUCGACCCCUUCGAUACCUUGCCGACCAACAAUUUGCCGCAUCACACUUCAGAGAGCCUGCUGCAGUAUUGCUUUGAUGUGAUGCUCCCUCUGACAUUCUGUGUGGAGACGAAACAAACGCAUGACAAGCUUGCCCGGCAACAAAUGGUUAUGAAUAGCAAGAUGUCAAAUCCUGCCACGUUUCUUGGCUUCAUGGCGACGACUGCAGCCCAUAGAGCCGUCUUCUAUGGCCGACAUGAAGACCUUGCGCCCUCCGACGCGAACCAUGAUGACCUCAUCCUCGACCCAGACUAUAUCAGAGUCAAAAAUGAAGCAAUGGUGGCCGUACGUCGGACGUUUGAUCAGCGUGCGGAUGUAGAUUACCAGAUGCUUGAGGCCUGCUUUGGACUUAUUGCGACUGCUACAGUAGUGGGCAAUUUCGCAGAAGCCCGAAUACAUCUGAAAAUUCUCGAGCGCAUAACUUCACAGCUGAAUCUGUCCGAGGAGACGAUGAUGUGGUUGCCACUGUCAAAUGUCAAAGUCUCGGUUGGACUACUUGUGCGCCCUGUCCUCCCCCUACUGUUCACACGCGAACCUUUACCUGCAGAAGUUCUAUCGCGUGCUGGCCAGCAUCUUCCUUCUCACAUGACUCGCUUGGGACAGGAUUUCAUGGAGCUGGAGAGAAUGAGCCAACCAUUGAAACUGCUUCUCACCACUUUCGGUGAUAUUUGCCGUCUUUGCGAAAUGCACAAUGCGCCUCCCAGGAGUCCGUCUCCGGCAGAAAACCUAAGCUUGCGGAAGAAAGCCACGGAGCUAGAAUUCGAUCUGCUGGCGUAUCCCUAUGAAAUGGAUAUUUUCCGGCGAAACAGCAACACCAACGAGCCGGAAAUACCAGCAUUAGAAGGUGUCAUUCGCCUCGCAGGCCUGGGAAUGCUGUCGAUUGCUCCUCACACCAUUCUCGCGUCCACGGGGCUCGGGAGAGCUCUGACGCACCAUCAAAAAGCGGCAUUUGAAAAGUGGCUGCUCCAGGAGAAAGGAUCCGGGAACGGGAACGCGCAAGAGACCAAGGCCGUCUGCUGGGCUCUCUUCGUCUUUGUCCAAAACGCCCUGAAACAGCCAGAGCAGCGGUUCUUCACCGACUCCCUCGCGCUGGUCGCCAGGGAAGCGGGACUGGGACUCGUGACUUGGGAAGAGGUUGAACAGGUCAUCUUCGGACUGCUCUACAUACCGUGGCUGCAAUCUUCGAUAUGGAAAGGCAUCUGGGCCGACGUCUGCAAGGUCAGAAGCGCCUCGACGCACCCUCUCCAGCACGACAUCCAAUGA